ACCGUGCAUCGCAACGGACCGAGUUAAUUUCUCUCGGUAAAAUUGUACAGCAAGUUACACGAUGAAAUACAUAAACAUAAUAAAAGUUGCAGUUAUCUGUGCUCUGUGUAUAUCCCAACUGGAGGCAGCCACGACGUUAUCAGGAUUUGGAUUUGAGCUAUUGCAAUCGCAGUUGGUAGCAUUUGAAUCACGUAUGCAAACACAACUGGAACAACUGCAACUCAGCGUGAAGCAAACUCAACUCGAGCAGGAACGUCUGAAACAAGAAGUUUUUCAAAAACUCGCACAUCAAGAUUCUGGAGUAUAUUUCGUGCAACUUAUCCGAUUUUCCAACGACUCGUUUGAAGUGUUUCGCGAUGGGUCGAACAACCAUGGCUACGGUAGCAAUUGGACCGUCUUCCAGAGAAGAUUUGAUGGUUCGGUUGAUUUCAAUCGCAACUGGACGGAUUACAAAAACGGAUUCGGUAAUUUAUGGGGUGAGCAUUGGUUAGGCCUCGAGAAACUCAAGACAAUACUGGACACAGAACGCCAUGAGUUGCUCAUAGUGAUGGAAGACUUUGAAGGUGUAACGGCUUUUGCGAAAUACGACAACUUUAUGAUCGGUAAUGCGAGUGAAAAAUAUCGGCUCAAAUCACUUGGCCUACACUCAGGCAUAGUGGGUGAUUCGUUUAGCAGCCAGUUGAAUUGUAACUUCACUACUUUUGACCAAGAUGCUACUACCUUAUGUGCUGCAACUUUUAAAAGUGGCGGGUGGCACUCCAACUGCUAUCAAAGCAACCUGAACGGUAUAUACAUGAAGGGUGGGAAGCAGGAUUCAAAUAAAGGAAUACACUGGUAUUACUUCCGAGGCUAUCGUUAUUCAUUGAAGGCUACCAAAAUGAUGAUACGGCCGUAUAAGCACGAUAAAAAAUAAUUGUAACUAUACAUCAAAACAAACAGUUUUAAAAUCUAUUGAUAUUUAAAAAAAAUCAUA